GCCUUCCAAGAUGGCGGCCCAGUAAUCACGUGCCGAGCCGCGGCGGGUGAUUGGGUCUCCGUGCUACCGCGGGGCGGAGCUCUUGGUGAGGGGCGGGGCUUCCGCGGGCAGCAGCCGGUUACUGUUUGCCGGAACCUCCCGGCGCGCCCCCGCGAGUCCCCCUCCCGCCUGGCGCGCGACCCCGCCGUUUCGAAUGUUGUGAAUCAAAUGUGGGGUUUGUUACAUUCCGCUGCCGCCGCGGACAGUUCUUAAAGGGCCAGCCGCCGGCAGCUGCGCAAACCGGGCCGCGUCCUGCGCCGCCUCCCGCUCCCCGAGGGCCUGGGCCUAGAGACUGACUGCGCGUGGGCCUCGCGAGGCAGACGCCCGGCGGACGGACAACAAAGAGAGGGGCCCGGAAGGAGCCGGACUGCCCCUGGACCGGGGGGUGGGAGGGGAGCACAUUGUUCCGCAGGGCGGGGGCUCUUAAAGGGUCCAGGCAGCACACCCCCACUCCCCGCCCCCUACCCAGCUUGGCCGUCCUAGAUCGGGAACAAAGGAGUCAACGUGUGGCCAGGCGGCCGAAGGGUUGUGAGCCCCGGCCCACCCCUCCACCCCUCUGCCACCCCCGAUGCAACCAUGGGCUCUGGCAGUGACUAGGUGGCUGCCCUCCGUCCCUGUGGGUCAGCGGCGAUUCUCUGCGGGACCCGGCAGCAGCCCGGGCCAGCUCCGGGGAAGCCCCGGCCGCGAGGGCCCCCUGGCCAGCCCACCUGCCCAGGAUGAGCGCUUACCCUCCCAGCAGCCGCCGCCCCGACCAGCACACCUCCCUGUAGAGGAGCGCCGAGCCUCGGCUCCUGCCGGCGGGAGCCCCCGAAUGCUGCACCCAGCCUCCCAGCAGAGCCCGUUCAUGGUUGAUCUCCAUGAGCAGGUGCACCAGGGACCUGUCCCUCUGUCCUAUACGGUCACCACAGUGACGACCCAAGGCUUCCCCUUGCCUACAGGCCAACACAUCCCUGGCUGCAGUGCCCAGCAGCUCCCAGCAUGCUCCGUGAUGUUCAGCGGGCAGCACUACCCCCUCUGCUGCCUCCCGCCCCCGCAGCUGAUCCAGGCGUGUACCAUGCAGCAGCUCCCUGUGGCCUACCAGGCCUACCCCCACCUCAUCUCCAGUGAGCACUACAUCCUGCACCCACCGCCGCCAGCCCCACACCCCCAGCCCGCUCACAUGGCGCCUCUUGGGCAGUUUGUGUCCCUGCAGACUCAGCACCCCCGCAUGCCCCUGCAGCGCCUUGACAAUGACGUGGACCUGCGGGGGGAUCAGCACCCCCUAGGGAGCUUCACCUACUCCACCUCUGCCCCGGGCCCGACCCUGUCCCCGUCCGUGCCCCUGCACUACCUGCCCCACGACCCCCUGCACCAGGAGCUGUCCUUUGGUGUGCCAUACUCCCACAUGGUGCCUCGGAGACUGAGCACCCAGAGAUACCGCCUGCAACAGCCGCUGCCCCCGCCGCCCCCGCCGCCUCCCCCACCACCGUACUACCCCAGCUUCCUGCCCUACUUCCUCUCGAUGCUGCCAAUGUCACCAACAGCAAUGGGGCCCACCAUCAGCCUGGAUCUUGAUGUGGAUGACGUGGAGAUGGAGAACUAUGAGGCCCUCCUGAACCUGGCAGAGCGGCUGGGAGACGCCAAGCCCCGCGGCCUCACCAAAGCCGACAUCGAGCAGCUGCCAUCCUACCGCUUCCACCCCGACAGCCACCAGUCGGAGCAGACGCUGUGUGUCGUCUGCUUUAGUGACUUCGAGGCGCGGCAGCUGCUCCGGGUCCUCCCCUGCAACCACGAGUUCCACACCAAGUGUGUCGACAAGUGGUUGAAGGCUAACCGGACGUGUCCCAUCUGCCGGGCCGACGCUUCCGAGGUGCCCAGGGAGGCUGAGUGAGGCCCACAGCCACCCAGGAGAACCCUGCCCAAAGCUCUGGAAACUCGGGGUGCCCAGGGAGGCCGGGGAGGCAGUGGCCCAGGCCUGUCCUGCCGUUCCUGCCUGCAUCUCCAGAGCUGGUGCCAGGGUCGGCCCGAGAGAAGCCCCUGCAAUAAGCCCCUGCAUUUGCCAAGCUCCAAAGACUCCCUCCCCAUCUGCCCGCCAGUCUGCCCGCCACGGAGCGGCCUGAGUGUCCCUAACUCGGUCUCUCUCCUGUUUGCCCUUGGGUCUGUCUCCUUUUCCUACUGGCACUGGGAGCCAGGGUCUGUUCCCCCAGUGCGGCUGGUGGAGACCCUUAGGCCCCGGAUGGGCAAGGGGGUGCUGUCCUGGGUUGCCUGGUCUCCUGCACUGCAGUGGUGUGUUCUCUGCCCAGGUGGCACUGACAGGCGUGGACAGACAGUGGCAGGAGGCCAGUGGGUCCUCCCGCCUUGACCCCAGACAGACUCAGGCAGCCAGCUCCACUCAGGCUGCUGCGAGGGGUGGGUCUGGCUCCCUAGGGGACCCUCACCCCAGGCACAACAUUCCAGCCCCACCCCUGGCUGGAGGGCAUCAGAGCCAGCCUCCUGAGCAGUGGGGCGGCAUGUACCCUGAGGGGGCCUGGGCCCAGCCAGGGAGAGGGACCUCCUGUGUUGCUGGUGGCUGCCCGUCCCUGGCUGUGCCGGGGCCCAGCCCCGCCCCCCGUCUCCCUCUCUGUCGUUUUGCAUGAACGUGAGGAGCAGCAGUUUUCGUUUAUUCAUUUGGCCCAAAAUCGCGUGUAGGAUUUGGGGGUGUGGACUUUUAAACAGUUUCUUUUCUUUUGGUUUAAUGGGGGGUACAGGGACCAACCAGGGCCAAGUGCCCAGGGGGCAGGGAGUGGUGUGGUGGUGCCGCCUGCUCUGCGUUGCAUGCGCGCUGCUGGGGCUGGGCUGGGCGGCUGGCGGUCGUGGGCGGGGUUGAGGGGGGUCUGUGCUCAGCUGAUAACUGCCAUGCACUGUACUGCACACGUCCCCAGGGCCUACCGGGACCGUACGCUUUUCAGGGCAUUUCUCCCUCUCCAGCCAGGGCCUGUCUCCCACCUGCCUGGGCGAGUCUCCUCUGAGGAGGUCCCCGGAAGACCUCUGGGGGCCCCCUCCCAGCCUGAGCCCUGCCCUCCAAGGUCUCGAGGAGCCCCCAUAAGGUCUGGCUGAGCUCCCCACCCUCACCUUCCCUGUCCCAUUUCUUUCCUUUAUCACCCCCAGCUGGGGUUGCUGCCCGAACGAACCGCGUGUGGGGCCGGCACAUCCUAGCAGGCAGCCCCUGGCGCCUGCUGCCUCAGGGAUGCUCCAACCACCCUCGUUCUCCCCGCAGCAGCCCUGGCUCCCUGCCACACACCCCCACCCCACCCAGCCUGCCAUGGGGCCCCAUCAGCCUGGCCCCACCCGGUGGAGAACCCAAAGUCUUACUGUAUAUAACUCCAGGUGACAUUUCUAUAUUUAUAGCAGUGUUGAAACCCCACGUGUUUUACACAGAGAACCACCCUCUCCAAUCCCCUCCCUUCCCCACCCCCCAAAAAGGUUUUGCAAAACCCUUACGGUUCCCGGGGCAGGCGGAGACAGGCUCAUGGGUUGUGCAUCGGCUGCAACAGUGAUUCCAACGAGCAGCUGUUGGGGGGGAAACACAACAUGAAAAAAAAAUCAUUAAAAAAAAGAUUUAUAAGACAAUUACUUAGGAUGUUUGUGAUUUGCCGACCUUGCUAUAGAUGCCAUGUUACCAAUGAUUUCCUGUGGUGGGGGCUUGUCAUUGUUUACUCUUUCAUUUACCAACUUCUGGCCUAGGCAUGACAGUGGGCACCAUCCCCCCAGCCCCGGCUGGGCCCGGCACCUGUGUUCUGUGUUAGAAAGGUCUUAUAUAUAUAUAUAAUUACAUAUAUAUAUAUAAAUAUAUGUAACUUUGGGGGCCCUGUUCCUUGCACAUUUUACAGUUACCUCAUUUUUCCCAUGUAUGUAUUUGAGAAAAUGCUAAUAUAUAGAGAAAAAAAUGGUUCUUAAAGCUUAAAUGUGUGGUUUUUUCCAUUCCAUUGGAUUCACAUUGGUUUGUAGCAUUUAACAUAACUAGUAUGUUGUACUAUAUGUAUGUGUAUACUGAUUGAAAUUUUUAACAGAUUUGUACUUUUUUUAAAAUGAAAGUUGCUAGUUCUGCUUGACCAAGUAGUGCAAUCAUUAUUUUUUUUAAUAUUGUUGCUGAUUUCAGAGGGAUAUUCACUAAUAAAUGUAUGAUGUAUACCAAGGA